AUGAACGUCGGUACCAAUGUUAGCGAUGAUUGUGUUACAGAAUUCAACAACUUGAAGUUGGGCAAACAAUACAGAUUUGUUAUAUAUAAGUUGGAUAAGGAUAAAAACGAAAUUGUUGUUGAUCAAAAGGGAGGAAGAGAAAGUACAUACGCUGAAUUUGUUAGUCAUCUUCAAAACGAAUCACGAUAUGCUGUUUAUGAUUAUCAUGCUUAAACAGAGGAUGUUCCACCAAGAAAGGUCGAGAAGUUGGUCUUCAUUUUCUGGUCACCAGAUACCAACCAACCAGUUAAAUAAAAGAUGGCUUAUGCUGCAGGAAAGGAAGCUUUGAAGAAGAAGUUGAAUGGACUUUCCAAAGAAAUUUAAGCAAAUGAACCUUCUGAAGUAGAGGAAGCUGAAAUCAAAAAGAUUGUAUUGAACUGAUAACCCUGAGUGAUGAAUUCUAAUAUUUAGAAUAUAGAUUAUCAUAUAAAUUUAAAUG